UGGAAUUUGAGGGUGCCGAAGAUAUUCCCCAUAAUUUCCAGCCAUCGUCUUUGGUGGUGUCGCCUUCGGAGGAGAAUCUGCCUGAACCAACCAGUUGUAAGCAGGCAGCAUUUUCAGCAUAUGCACAUCCGAGUUGGAGACCGGGCUGAACUCAGCAGAGCCUUCACACAAAGGGAUGUGGUUGCCUUCUCAGAACUAACAGGGGAUGUUAAUCCUUUGCAUUUAAAUGAAGACUUUGAAGAGCACACCAAAUUUGGAAAGACAAUUGUGCAUGGAGUUUUGAUCAAUGGACUUAUUUCAGCUCUCCUGGGUGCUAAAAUGCCAGGCCCAGGCUGUGUAUUUAUUUCCCAGGAAAUUCACUUUCCAGCCCCUUUAUAUGUUGGAGACGUUGUUGUAGCUUCUGCAGAAGUGCAAAGGCUGAAGCGGUUCAUUGCGGUUAUUGCUGUGUCAUGCUUUGUAAGAGAAAGUGAAAAGACUGUUAUGGAAGGCUGCGUUAAAGUUAUGGUCCCAGAAGCUUCCAAGCCCUGAAAUAUGUGUUUAAAGAUGCAAGUUCAGGCAUCAGUGUUACUGUUACUGAAGAGCCUCUGAGGAAAAUGGAUUGCUGCUCUUCAACAAGGAGUGGCCAGCAGACCCAGCAGCCCACAGUGGGGGAGGCAGCAGGUAGCCAGGGGUUCACUUGUCCACUUUCUAAUUUGGCCUUAUGUUUCAUACAGAUGAGUCUAUUUAUCAUCUAAGUUUGUAAAUUUGAAAAAAUAUGGGGAAACUUAUCAUUUAGCUCAAGUUUCUAAUUUUAGGAUUUCAAACCAAGUUAAAUUUGCAUUUGGAUAACACAAACUUACCUAUAUCUGCAUAGAAUAAAUUUCUCAGUGAAUUUAUAGCUAGGUAGCAUUUAAUUUUUGACAGCAAUUAGAAUAG